CGUAGAAAUUGAAAUCGUCGGUAGUCAAAAUAGACUGCGGUAUACUUCGAAACAGCGAUUUUGAGACAUUGUGACCCAUAACUCGAAAACUACUACAUCCAACACGUGUCGGGAUUUUUGGGAGAUAAGUGCGUGUAAAUUUUUUUGGUACGCCAAUGAAUAUCCUGAUCCGUUGCUAAGAUCCUGAAUGGUUUUCACAGUUUUAUAAUAAUCAGAUGAAAUUUAUUUAUGCAUUAUUUCAUUAGUAACUGGAUUCUUCUUGAAUUAUAAUGAAUUUUUGUAGUUGAAUUCGACUCGAUACUAUUUUUUUUGUGAUUUGGAAUAUUUGAAAUGUCUGUGAAAAAUGAGAAAUAUGAUUUCGAUUACUUUUUGGAGACUGUAGGCAAUGAAGGCAGAUACCAGAGAAGAUUCAAUGUGUUGUUCAACUGUAUUUAUCCAGCUAUAGUUACUGCAAUAUACUACAGCAUUAAUAUAUCCUUGGCAGUACCUGAUCAUUGGUGUAAAGUGCCUGGGAGGACUCCAAAUGUUUCUGUUGAAGAGUGGAAAUUAUUAACCAUACCUUGGAAAAAUGAUUCGAUUGGUAACAUUGAAUUUAGCAAAUGUGAGAUGUACUCAACCAAUGGAAGUAGAAGUAUCUUAGGUUGUCAGUAUGGCUGGGAAUAUGACACAACUUGGUUUGAAAAGACACUCACCUCCCAACACGACUGGGUAUGUGACAAAUCUAGUUAUGUAACUGAUGCUUUUACUUUUCUCACCAUUGGUGAUGUCCUUGGUUCUUUCGUUUUUGGUCAACUUGGAGAUACGCUGGGUAGAAGGCCAAUAUUCCUCUUUUCGACCUUGAGCGUCCUGAUCGGCAGAAUAUUGGAUCUGUACACGUCCAGCUAUUGGCUUUUGAUGAUCCUCUUUCUCAUUGGGAACCUUCCAUCAAACUCCGUUUACCAGGCUCCCGAGGUCAUACUGAUGGAAAUAUCUGAACCUGAGAAAACUUCCACUAUAGCUAUAAUCAAUCAGAUAUUCUACUCGUUAGGAUAUGGUAUAAUGCCACUUAUUUUUUGGUUGGUUAAAGAUUGGGUGACUUUUUCUCUCAUUAUCACUGUUCCUCUGAUAGCUUAUCUAUUUUUGUAUACGUUUAUGAUAGAAUCUCCCAGAUGGCUGUUGAAUAGAGGUAAAACAGACAGAUGUAUCAAAGAAUUAGUAAAGAUCGCUAUGGUCAAUGGUAGAAAAAUACCUAAAGGAAUGUUCAAACUGCUGAAAUCAUUAGAACCUGAAAUUGAGAAGACUUAUGGUAUCAUGAGUCUCUUCUCCACUCCUAGAUUGGCCAAAGUGACCAUUUUUCUCCUGAUACAAGGGUCUUCUCAUAUGAUACUUUACGUGCUUAUGUACUUGAACCUGAACAACCUAGGAGGUAAUCCUUUCAUGAAUUAUUUUUGGCAGGCAAUAGGAGAGAUACCGGGUCAACUAUUUGGAAAAUACUUAUGUGAUAACAUUGGAAGAAAAUGGUCUAGAUUUGUCAGUUUUUUUGUAGUUCUAUCGAUGAACAUCGCCAUGGUGUAUUUUGUAACUGCGAGAGAUACUGAAUCCAUUGUGGGAGUUAUACUCUUCAUUCUUAAAAUGUUCCUGGGGCUGAUACAAUAUUCUAUGAAUGUUGGAACCAUGGAAAUGUAUCCUACUGCUUUGAGGCAGACUGGUGUUGCUUUGAAUUAUACUGUUGGAUGUUUGGCAUCUUUAGCUUGCCCCUUCUUCGUUUAUUUGGCAACUGAUUAUGGCAAAGGUUUUCCAUACGUGAUACUUGCAGUAUUUUCAUUAAUUGGAUUUUUGGCUUCGCUAUUCCUACCUGAAACUUUGCAUCAGAUACCACCUGAAACUGUAAAAGAUGCUGACGAACUUAUUGGAAGACAAUCAAUGUUUUAUUUCCCCAAAAGUAACAACAACAGAACUUCGCCAAGGGAAGGAAACAGACAGUCUUUGUUGAGUUGAGAAUUGUAAUAUUUUAUGUAAUUUUUUUAAUUAAAUAUUUGAGUCAAA